AUGGAGCACUAUAGACAUAUGCAUAGAGAGGCCCCUGUACCAGCAAUUCGCAUUCCAGAGCUUUGGCUCGAGUUCCCUGAACUCGCAGCCGCACAUGGCUUGGAGCAACCACCAGCAGAGUGGCGCUCCGAUAGAAUUCUUGGAUCCUUUCCCGAGCUUUGGAGGUCUUUACACGCGGCGCGAUGGCCAGAGAUCGAGACGCAGACUCUUAAGAGGAAGCCAGCAACGCGGCAAGCGCCAGUCAAGCCAGGUACAGCACCUUCAGCGGGAACGAGUGCUCCUCUGGCCUCCCAAGCAGAAUCUUCCAAAGCCUCUAUGAAGCCAGCAACCACCUCGCCGGCAUGGGACCUUACUGCUUCUGCCGCCGCCGCGCCUGAUGUAGUGCAGGGAAAAGCAGGCUUUCCUGGUGCUCCAGUAAAAGCAGCACCUCAGAUAGCACUUGAUAAGGCCGUAUCACCUCAGGAAACUGUGCAAUCUGCAGGGGCCCCCGCUUCGGGGAAAGCACCACCACCUGGUGGUGUGAAAGGUCCUCCAGCUCCGGGGAAAGCACCACCACCUGAUGGUGUGAAAGGUCCUCCAGCGUCGGGGAAAGCACCACCACCUGGUGGUGUGAAAGGUCCUCCAGCUCCGGGGAAAGCACCACCACCUGGUGGUGUGAAAGGUCCUCCAGCGUCGGGGAAGGCACCACCACCUGAUGGUGUGAAAGGUCCUCCAGCUCCGGGGAAAGCACCACCACCUGGUGGUGUGAAAGGUCCUCCAGCGUUGGGGAAGAAGGCGAUGCCUCCUCCGAAAAAAGCAUAG